GUUUUUGCAAUUAUAGAAAUUUGAUAGGAAUUAAUAUUAUAAGAAUAAUAUUAUAAGAUAAGAAAGUUUACCACAGAUAUCAAUGAUAUAUAUAAAUUUCUUUUGGUCUCUCUUUGUGAACAGAACAUUUUUAUUGGAGAAGAAUGGUUCUGCUAACGCGAGUUUUAGGUUAUUCGAGUAAGCUACCAAGGAAAUAUAAACGCACAGGAUUUAUUGACAGUUUACGUAUUUAUGUAAGCGCUGGUUCUGGUGGUUCUGGGUUACAUCGUUAUGGUGGUUUAGGCGGAGCUGGAGGAAAUGUAUGUGUUGUUGCAAAAGAGGACUUAACGUUAAGAACUGUUAAAAAUAAGAUAGAAAAUGUAAAGUUAAAAGCAGAAUCAGGAGGUGAAAGUACCAAAAAUGGAAUUAUUGGAACACCUGGAAAAGAUUUAAUUAUAAAGAUUCCAAUUGGUGUGACUGUAUAUGAUGAUAGUCGCAUUAAACUUGGGGAACUAAAUUCUGAAAAUGAGAAAUUAAUAGUUGCAAAAGGUGGGCUAGGAGGAAGUGAAAAUACAGGAUAUUGUGGACUUAAAGGUGAAAGGCGUGGCAUAAUACUUGAUCUUAAGUUAAUUGCUGAUGUUGGUUUAAUUGGUUUCCCUAAUGCAGGAAAAAGUACACUUUUAAAUGCAAUUUCAAAAGCUAAGCCAAAAAUUGCUGAUUAUCCAUUUACAACUAUUAAACCACAAAUAGGUAUUAUAAAUUAUAAUGACUACAGACAAAUUUCUGUUGCUGAUUUACCAGGUUUAAUUGAAGGUGCACAUGUAAAUAAAGGAAUGGGUUUUAAUUUCUUAAAACAUAUAGAAAGAACAAAAUUACUACUAUUUGUUAUAGACAUUCAAGGAUUUCAGAUUUCUGUUAAACACCAAUAUAGAUCUUGUUUAGAAACUGUACUUCUAUUGAACAAAGAAAUUGAGCUUUAUAAACCUGAUUUGUUAGAUAAACCUGCAAUGAUUGUAAUAAAUAAAAUGGAUACAGAAGGGGCAAAUGAAAUUUAUAAAGACAUUAAACCAAAAUUAAGUAAUUUAUCAGAAGCUUCCUUAGAAUUUGAUGAAGCUAUGCAGUCAAAGAAGUUCUUGCAAUUUGAUGAUAUUCUGCCUACAGCUUUGAUUAAAAAAGACGCAGAUGACGUACAACGAAUCAAAGAAAAAAUACGAUAUAUUAUAGAUAAAUAUGAAGAAAUAAAAGCUUCUGAUCAAAGUAACGAAUCAAACGAAGAUCGUUUAUAUGAAAAAUUGAAACGUCAAAUAAAUCGACAUGCACCUACGCUUCUAUAAUUUUUUGUCGUUUUAAAAUCAGAAAACCUUUGGAAAGGAUAUAAAAAAACAUACCAUUUUGAAAUAAUGACAUUUUCUCAAUAAAUUUCAUUGCUCUUUGAGUUCUCUGACAGACAUGUGUUAUAGCAGCUAAUUGGAAUGCUGCACACAAAUUAUAUACAUCAGGAAUCAGCAUAUCAGCAAUUAUAUUAUGUUUCUCUUCUUCAAAUUGGAUGUACCUUUUACAUGUACUUUGUAUCCCAGCAAAACUAAAAUUACAAUCAUAAAGUCUUGUCAUUAUGGGUGAAAAUGCAAACUGAUUAAUGUCUGUUGCUUUACUUGCUGCAAUCUCUAGAGCUUGGCCUCCACUUAAGGUAUUAAAUUCUGGAAUAUUUCUUAAUUUCAGUCUUCGUGCAAUCUGUAAACAUACCUCCCUGUUAACAUUAGGUAUGUAUACCGCAGUUCACCAGAGUCCAUAACUGCGAAAAGACCAGUUUUCGUUCUUCGCGCAUCUCCAGUGCGCAUCUUCGCCCUGAUUGGCAACGAAGUGGAAAGCGAUUGGCGGAGAGCUCGCUGCGUUCCCCCACCAUCUUUCAACCUGCGCGUCGCAGUUAUGGACUCUGGUGAACUGCGGUAUAUGUAUAUUGUAAAUAAUAGGUUAAAAUAAAUAAUUGUUUACCUUAUCAAACACUUCUCCAGGUGCAUUGUCCUUAGUAGUUCCAAGUAAAUAAAAUUUAUUUGUACUCUCAACAAUUCCAAGUAAACAGUGACCCCCAGAGAUUAAUAAAACAAGAUAUGGAAAAUCAACCUAUACAGAUAAAAUAAAACACUUUAAAUUUUA